AUGGUCAGUCCGAAGUACUAUGCAGUUCAGAAAGGAAGGUUACCGGGGGUUUAUACUACAUGGAAGGACUGCGAGUUGCAAAUCCGCAACUUCGCAGGCGCCGUUCACAAGAGCUUUGCCACGCACGCCGAGGCGGAACGGUUCGUCCUCGAAACGGGCUUGGGUGAGAACAAAUCGGUGAAGCGGAAGAGCAACGAGAGGGAGGAUGAGGGUGGCGCGCCGGGGUCGGAGCCAGAAUUCGAGGAGGUAUAUUGUGACGGAGCAUGUAAGAAUAAUGGAAAUCCCGAUGCAGUUGCAGGAAUAGGCAUCUGGUGGGGCCCCGAUGAUCCAAGAAAUGAGGCCUUCAGGUGCCCCGGAGCUCAGACUAACAAUAGGGCUGAACUUAUUGCCAUCAUUAUGGUGCUUUUAUCAGCGCCAAUGGAUGGCAAGCCCCUGAUUAUUAAAUCUGAUUCGGACUACUCACGGAAGUGCCUUGGUGAAUGGUCCAGGGGCUGGAUUCAGAAGAACUGGGUUACCAGUAGUGGCCAACCAGUAAAAAAUCGAGGCAUUAUCAAGUAUCUUCUUGCUCUUCUCAAUGCCAGACAGCAAUGGGGCCAUAAAGUAGAGAUCAAGUGGGUUAAGGGCCAUGCAGGCAUUGUUGGCAAUGAAGGUGCUGAUCAACUUGCUAACUUGGGAUGCACAUAUGAUGAGGAAGAGGACUGGGACUGGGAGGCAAAGACAGAACAGUUCAAUGCUGUUUUUCAGGAGGAGCUACAGAAGAAGAAUCAACUGGAAGCCAAGGGUAAGAAAAGAGCAAAGACUUCACCAUUUGAUUCUUGUUAUGGCAACAAUACAUCUGCAUCAUUUACAGAAUCAGAGUUGCUAGCAUAUCUUGAAUGUCUUAAGGAUGACUAUACUCAAGAUCUCAGUGAUUAG